UGUUGUUAAUAAGUUUUCGGCUAAUAACUCCAAAAGUUUUCGUUUUAUCAAAACAACUUUACUUAACAAAAAUGUACCUUUUGAAACAAUAAACAAAACCGUUUCUUUUAGUUUUUUUUUAAGACCAAUAGUAAUCGAGCUAUAGAUUAUUAAAUGUUAGCUCUUCUUCGUCAAAUGAUAAAUAUGUAUUUUCAAAGUCAAAGGACGGGAAAACUAUGCAUUUUUCGAGGAUAACUUGUUCAAACUAAUUUAAAGCAUUUUAAAAUAUCUAUCUCCAGAAAUAAAACAAAGUCUUUAGCCCAAAAAUUAAGUGACGUAUAUUGAAAAGAAUGUUAGUCCCUACUUUUUUCAGCGAAAAAGUGAUCCGAAGCAACCUCCUAGUCACCACCGUAAUUAAAAUUAGUAAUUAACCUUAUUUGCUCUUCUUUAUUUUUAUAUUAUUAAUAGGUUCUAGAAGUUUGGCCGGCUUAUAAUGUUUAGUUAAAAAAAAUGGAGUUAGAAGCAAAUAACGAGUUUUUGUAGUUGGGAAAAAAUGGCAUUUUCUUCAUAAUAGAAAGAUUAGCAUCAGAGAUACGCAAAAAUGUUUAAAUCAUAGAUAUAUAAUACUCUAGAUUACGCCUUACGAUCUUAAAAUGGGUGACGGUUGCGACAGAGAUAAAUGAGCCUAUUUGGUCGGUAGUCUCUUUCUAAUUCAAGGGGAGUAUCGACGACGUCACUAUCCUACUCUGUCGUCGAGUAUUUUAGAUGGUUUGACAGUUCGAGCGGAUGGCGACGAGAACUGGUCGUUUGUCUUCGGACGUGGAUAAUCCUGGUUCGAAUCCCAUACCAAUCUUUACUUUUUUUAUUUUUUAUUUAAUCAAUAUUGCGUUUAUUAGAUAUUAUUACAUCUCUAAAGUAAAUCUAUGCAAAGAAAUAUAUAACAAAUAAGAAAAACUGUGUAGGUACCUAUAGAUUUUUAAAAAUAUAAAAGCCAAUAUUAUUUUUUUAAUAAGUUAAUUGUAGAAUAGUAUAAAGUAAUUGUUAAAAAUAUUCGUAAAAAAUUACCAAUAAUUAAUAUCAACAUAAUGUACCAUCGAUUUAUUAAUUGGAUCGGUCAUUUCAAAAACAACACGAGUCACAUAUUCCUAAUUUUACAGAAGAGCAAAGAAAACUAACUAUUAGUCGAAAGAUGGAUGACAUCAAAAUUCAGAGUUAUAUUGUAGUUUUGUUCCUAAUAUUUUUACUAGACUGGUGUCGUUUUUGCAACAAGAAUCUACAGGUCGAGCAAGUCUCGUAAAUUUCACGAUUGCGAGCCACGCUUCACGCAACCGUGUUUGCGUACUUGUGUUUCGAGUUGCGUGGUCGUGCGGAGUUAUAUCAAAUACUAUAGGCGAAUAAAGUUUAGACUGUUGCGCCAAUGCGACAAAUAUUGGAACUACUUCAUGGGCAAUCAAAUCAUAACCUCACAAAUAUAGCUUUUGUUUUUAUACGUAUUUUCUGCGGUUUGUGAUUUUUCAACUGUUUUUCUUGGAUUUUUUUGCGUUUUUGAGCUCAUUUCAUGAUGAAACUUAAAAUCGCCGAAUACAGGGCCGCGCCGUCCAUAAGGGCGAAGAGGGGCGGUGCCCCCCGGCGCCGAACAAAAAAGGCGCGGGCAGGUGCCAAAAAAAAAAAAUUGACAAUACCGAAAUUACCAAAAAUAUUAGUAAUAUUUUAUUAUCUUAUAAAAUUGAAAAUUUACCAAUCAUCAGUAGAUAUAAAAAUAGCAGUUAUUAUUACUUUGAUCCCCUAAAACGAUAUUUCUCUCAUUAAACUGAACUAUUACUUCAUUCACUCACGGUAAAAUAUUGCAAUACCUCUGAUUUUACAGAACAGCUUGGAUUAACAUGAGAUUUGGCAUACACAUAGCUAAUAUGUCAAAGAAGAAAAUGCUAUUGUGUCGACGUGUGCUUUUGCCCUAGGGGAGUACCACCCCUUCACGGGGGUGAAAAAUAUACUUUCAAAAUAAGUCCGGAAGUAGAUAAACUGACGAAUUGUAAGCAACUAUAAAGUUAAGUUGUUCUAUAAAGUUUUUAUAUUACUUAAGUCAAUAUCUACUUUUCUAGUUAUUUGCGAGUGAAUAUAUUCAUUUUUCGACAAAAAAAAACACGUUUUUAGACGGUUUUUCGCAAAUAACUCAAAAAGUAAGUAUUUUAUCGAAAAUAUAUUCUUAAGAAAAAUUUCGAAACAAAGACAUUUCCUCCAAAAAUAAGCACUUUGAAAUGGUAAAACUUGCAGAUCAUAUAAUUAUACAUAAGUGAAGUAAAUUGUAAAGUUGUAACGAUUAAUUUCAUUUGGGGUGCUAAUUAAGCGGAUAUUUUACGAUAUUUUUUACGAGAAAAUAAGGGACCAACUUUAUUUUCAGCGUUACUGGCUUACUUUUGCUGCUAGAAACUAAAAAAAAAUCAAAAAUAAAGCUUUUUCUAAAUACUUUAAAUAAGUCAUAACGAGUUUUGCUCGAAAAGUGCUUCAUUUUUUGGUUAUUUCACGUUGAAAUGUUCGAUUUGGAAUUUGACGAAUAAGAACCCACUUUUCUCGAGCUACAACUCUUCCUCUACUAGAUCUACCGACUAAAAACCGACUUCAUGCGUACACAAGUUUUAUUAAAUUUCUUUAUAAGCUAUAUUUUUGCUAAGAACAUUUUUUUCAAUAAAAUACACACUUUUUGUGUUAUUUGCGAAAAAACGUCUAAAACCGUGGUUUUUAUGUUAAAAAAUGAACAUUCACUCGCAAAUAACUUGAAAUAAUUACACUUCUAUUAUAAAACAGAACUUUUUAUAAUAAAACGUUUUUAUUAUUUAUAGGACCCAAAUUAAAAUAUAAACUAUUUUGUUGUUUCAAUUUCUAUGUCAUAAAAGAAUUUUGUAAUCGACUUUUUUAGAGGAAUAUUUUCUUUAGCGGAUUUAAACUCAUAUAAAUCAAAGAAAAUAUUUAAAAUAGUAGGUACAUAUAAUAUUGAUAUAUAAUAAUUAACUUAUAAUAAAAUAUGAAUUUUAAGUAUAUUAACUUUCAAUUAUUUGGCGUAUGCCAAAUUUCAUGUCAAUCCAAGCGGUUCUUUAAAAUAUGGAGCAAAAACCGUGAGCAUAAUGGACUAUAAUAAUAAUUACAUAUUUAUUUGUUCUCUGAUAAUGGUAAUCGUUGUUUUUUGUAAAUAUUUAUAGUAUUCAUAAUAACUUAUCAGUAUACCUAUUAUAUACUUUCCUGCUGCUGAAAAUCUAAGAGCAGAAAAUAAGGGUUACCCUGAGGUAUCACAAGGAGACAGAAUACCAAAUAAUAUUAGGCAAACAACAAAAAUCAAAGACAUAGUAGAACAUGUAGCAAAAAAGUAAUGGAGAUGUGCAGGUCAUGUGGCAAGAACACCGAACAACAGCUAGACUAGAAGAUUAUUGGAAUAGCGAUCGCGGGCGGACAAUCGGAUAAACGAAGCAGAGAUCGACCACCAACGCGCUGGAGUGACGAUGUAAAGAGAACGGCCGGGAACUGGAUAGCUGGUAGCUCAAGAUAGGGAGACAUGGAGAAACUUAGAGGAGGCCUAUGUUCAGCAGUGGACGAUAACGGUUAGAUUAUGAUGUUGAUGAUAAUACUUUCCUAACACAUAAAAAAUAGUUUGUAGGUAUACUGUAUAACGAUUCUUUAAGCUACAAAAAACUACUUACAAAUGGAGGAGGAAAGGGGCGCCUAAAAUAUCUUGCCCCGGGGCGCUUGAAAGCCUUGGCGCGGCCCUGGCCGAAUAUAUGGCCUAUUUGCAAUGUUCUGCGCACUCUAAAUGUGUAGUUGAAGGUGAGAAUGUUUUAGAUGCGGGGCAUUUAAUAUUAGCUGGGAAAACUGUCCAGCAUUUGAACAAAAUAUUUAUUUAUGGUCUAUGUAUCCAAUCCAGUGCUAUUAACCAAAAUCCCCAUGAGAUCAAGGGUGAAUUAAUGACCAUUAAGGGCAAUGUUUUAAAGAUAAAUGCAAUGCAUUGUUCCUGUAAAGCUGGCAAUAGUGGACGAUGCAAACACAUUUCAGCAUUUUUAGUUAAAUGUGUAAGAGAAGAUAUUGAAAGUCUGGAGGAAAUUUCCCAAACAGAUAUUAAAUGUGUUUGGUCAAAUGAAAAGAAAAACACAAAAGCUAAAUACAAACCUGUUUCAGUUGAGGAAAUGCCAUGUUAUGAACAGAAGUGCACAAGAGAGAGAACAUCUGUGGAUAAUGCAGAUGUAUUAAACAUUUAUCGUAAGCAGCUUCCAAAUUCUUCAUUUGCACAACAUAGGCAAGGGAGAAGAGAUUACUCUACUACUGAAACCUAUGCUGUGGAGGAGAAUCCGAUUGUACAUAGUAUAAACAGUGAAUUUUCAGAAAUUCUAAAUAAUGCCUGCCAAUCCCCUGCAAUGAUGGAACUAUUUUCUGCCAAAGUUGGGUCCCAGAAGAAAUGCUGUGACACAUUUUUAUCCACAUUUAUAAACCAAAAUGUUAGUGAAAUAUCAAUAAAUAUGUCUCAAAGAUCUGAACAGUGGAACGACUUCAGAAAAUAUAGAAUUACUGGUAGUCGUGUUUAUGAAAUAUUCACAUACUCCAAAAACGAUUGGGAUACCAAAGCGAUAAAAUAUUUUUUUCCCAAGAAAUUUAGUAAUAAAUUUGUACGGUAUGGAAUAGAAACUGAAGGUUGUGCCAGAGAGGCUUUUAUUGAGCUUACUGGGGCCAACAUUAUUGACUGUGGCAUGGUUGUCUCUCAUUCAAAUGAAUGGUUGGGUUAUUCACCUGACGGAAUAAUUUUUGAAAAUGGAAAACCUGCUGUUCUGUUAGAAAUCAAAUGCUUAUAUGAAGGAAAAACUGCAAGCAUUUUAGAUGUCCUUAAAAAUAUAAAAUAUAUUUAUAAGGAAGGCACCGAAUAUAAGUUAAAGACAAAACACGAAUAUUAUGGUCAAAUUCAGUGUGGCAUGGCUUUACUCAACUUAAAUAAAACAGCCUUUGUCAUAUUUUGCAGCUACGACAGAUCAUUAUGUGUUAUUAAUGUUGAAUUUGAUUAUAAGUAUACUGUGAACAUGCUCAGGGUUGUAAAAGAGAAAUAUUUUAAUAAAAUGAUUCAUGUACUGUGUGAGAAGCAAAAAAAUACAGAAGAAGAAUCUGUCAAAAACUCAGAGAAAGAAAAUAUUGUCAACAAUUAAGUUACUCAGUUCACUAGUCAAUAAAAAUACCCCUCUCUCUCUCUCCUAUGGCGCUACAGCCCAAGUUGGGCCGGCCGUGGCCUCCCCCCACAUCUGCCUCAAAGUCCUGACUGCUCUCAUCCAGUUUGUUGUCCACACUCAAUAUCUCUUUAGCAUCGUUUCUCACUUCGUCUAUUUACCUCUUCCUACUGUCCAUUGUCCCACCAUGGCUCCGCUAAGCUUUCUACUUACAGUAGGAAAAAUGAAAGAAUACCCAUGAACGAACAUAUAAAACACGCUGUAUUUUCCUGUCACUGUGUCACACAAAAGAUUGGCCAGUGCAAGUAUAUGUAAUAAUUAUUAUUACAUGUACUUUGUGACACAGUGACAGGAAAAUACAGCGUGUUUUAUAUGUUCGUUCAUGGGUAUUUUUUCAUUUUUCUGACUGUACCUGGUCUUAUAAAGUGACAUGCCAAGAAAAGUCUUUGUAUUUUUACAUAUGUAAUUUGUUAUAGAGGAUUCUUUAUAAUGUUAGUACAACUCAUGGUUGAACCUUAUUCUCCAUAUACCAUUGUCACAAAUAGGUCCCUAUAUUGUCCUUAAUAUCUUUCUCUUAAAAGAAUUAACGUUUUUUCUAUCAUGAUCCAUGUUUCCAUACCAUAUGUUGCUAUUGGCUGUAUGAUGGCUUUGAAUAAAAAUACCAUAGUUAGUAAAAUAUUUAUUUUUAAUAUAGUUAUACAAAAAUAAUAAUUCUUUAUAAUUAUUGACUAUUUUAGAUAGCCUUAAUAUCUUUCACUUAAAAGAAUUAAUGUAUUUUCUUUCAUGAUCCAUGUUUCCAUACCAUAUGUUGCUAUUGACUGUAUGAUGGCUUUGAAUACAAAUACCAUAGUUAGUAAAAUAUUUAUUAUACAAAAAUAAUAAUUCUUUAUAAUUAUUGACUAUUUUAGAUAGCCUUAAUAUCUUUCACUUAAAAGAAUUAACAUAUUUUCUUUUAUGGUCCAUGUUUCCAUACCAUGUGUUGCUAUUGACUGUAUGAUGGCUUUGAAUAAAAAUACCAUAGUUAGUAAAAUAUUUAUUUUUAAUACAGUUAUACAAAAAUAAUAAUUCUUUAUAAUUAUUGACUAUUUUAGAUAGCCAUUAUUACCCCUCUUCAUAAGGGUGGUGAAAAAUCCCUUAUAUACAAGUAACUGAAGUAUUUUUAUCUAUAUUUGGGUGUCAUAUGCAGCAACAUAAACUAUUAGUUCAUAAGGUUGUAUUAUGCAACUUUCAAUAAUUUAAAUUUAGCAAUAGAUUGGUUUUGGUUUAUUACAUUAUCUUUUAUUUUGUAUAUAAUAUUGACGAUUUAUGUAAUUUCAGUAAAUUGUAUUUGCUAUUGUUUUUUCUCUAACUCUUUGUAAGCUUUGUCCAUAAAAUUAUAAAAUUUUCAGUGUCAAAGGAUAUAGUUGUUCCAUUUUAUCUUUGCCCAAACGUCAUGAUUCAUUUUCAAACAAUUUAAAUCAAAACAUUAAGGCCCGGUCUUUUCACCUCCAAAUAAAAGUUAUUCGGAGGUUUAUUUGACAGAUUUACAUGUAAUCUGCCGGAUAAACUUCCUAAUAAAUAGUUGUUCGGAGGUGGAAAGACCGGGGGUAAGUGAAACAUAUUAUGUUUAUGUGAAAUAUCAUAGAUACAUACUGUCAAUGUAAUAAUUAGAAAAUGGCUAUUAUCGUUGGACGUAUUUUAUAAAAUUAUAUUGUACAUUUUUAUAUUUAACUAAUUUAAUCCAUUUAACACAACUAAUGUGCUAGUGUCACUAUCACUGAAAAUAAUAAACGUCAAAAGUCAUAGAAAAAAAAAGAGUGUGUACUUUGUAUGCACCUAAGAAAUUAUACUUCUAUUAUUAUCAUUUCAACGAAAUAAAUAUAUUUUAAACAGA